GUGGACUUGGUGGGUAACCCUAGCUUGUUGAACAGGAUGGAUACCGCCAACCUGCCCAGUGACCAUCCUUGUUAUAUAGCAGAGAGAAAGAAGGAGCCGGGGCUGUUUUCUGAUGAGGUGGAUGGGAAUAUAAUCACUGAGUUUUGUGCAUUGAGGGCAAAGUCCUACGCUUUCAACAUACAUGCUGGAGCGGAGGACAGAGUUGGUGGUGAAAAGAUCAAGGCGAAGGGGAUCAGAGCUCAUGUGGUUAAGAAUCACAUGACUCUUGAGGAUCAUAGAAAGUGUUUGUUUGAUGAAGCUGGAGUGGAAUUAUACAAGGAGAAUGUAUCGAUACGGUCGUUUAACCACCAACUCAAAACAAUAAAAACUAAAAAGUUGACAUACAACAGCUAUGACGAUAAGAGGGUGGUGUUAGAAGAUAAAAUAAAUACACUAGCCCAUGGACAUUAUAGUUUAGAGGAAGAUGACAUAUGGUCAGAACUUGAGGAAGAUGGAUGGAACUGGAACGAGGAAGAGAAAGAUUUGAUGAGACUGCUACUGCAAUGUAUAACCUAA